AUGGAGGGGGGAGCAGCCGGGGACCCCCGCGGGUUCUGGGGGAACCCCCCGGCAGGGACCGGCCUUGUCCCACGCAGGCUCCGCACCGUGGGAUCGCCCCCCGGAGCCGCCCCCCUGUCCCGGCCGCCGGUGCUGAUCCUGCAGCAGCUCCCCGGGCCCGGGGCCGCCCCCGCGGGACCCCCGCCCGUCCGGGGAGCACAUUUGAUGGAAUUGAUGCUGAUUCAAGGCUCCCAAAUGCACCAGCUGCUGAUGCACGGCCUGGCCAUGGCAGCUCUGAUGCCCCUCGGUGUGGGCCCAGCCCCAGCCCCAGCCCAGGCGCUGCCGGGGCCUCCGCAGGGCGAGGAGGAAGAGGAGGCCGUGGUUUUCCACCAUCACUACAUCCCCUGGCCCGGCCCGAGCCCCGUGCGGUUCCUGCGCUCCUCGCCCGGGGCCGGGGGGGCUGUGCCACCCCCGCCACCCCCCAGCGCCACCGGGACAGUGGGACCCGGCGUCCCCCCAGCAGCGGGGGUGUCCUGCUUCCACCUGAGCCGCUCCAUCCCCGGGGAUGAGAUCCACACCGAGCCUUUCCCUGGGCCAGCCCCAGCCGCCCACGCAGGAUCCUCCUGA